AAAAAAAAAAAAACAUCUAAAUUUCAUUACGGGCUAUUGUUUGAAUCUGGAUGAGCUAACGAAACCGAUCAGUUUCCCGGUAUGGAUUUCUAAACCGCGACGAAACCAUCCGGUUUUAUUAAGUUUGGGUCAAACCAAAAUGCACAAUUUUUCGGUUCGUAUUGAAACCCAAACUGUUCGCAGAGAAACAAAAACUUGGAACUAAAAAUAGGAAUCAAUAUGAAUCUGAAAAUGAGAGGCCACAGAAAAUUCGCGCAAAAAUUGGGGAGAUUGAUCUUUGACCCACAAAAAGAGAUAGAAGAAUCUCCUAGAGGAAGAUGACAACGACGACGUACCUCUGCGUCCGUACAUCCUCUCAUGCAAUUCCGAUCAUAAUCGUGAAUCAGAGAGAAAAGGAGGAGGAAGAAGAAGAUGGUGGGAAGCAAAGAGAAAUCGAAAGAGAAAUCAAAAGAGAAAUCAAAAGAGAAACGAGACAAGAGACUCCAAGAAAUCUCCCUCCUUCGUACUAUUCCAUACUCCGAUCACCAGAGGUGGUGGACCUCUGAAACCGUGGCGGUGGUAACAGGUGCAAAUAGAGGGAUAGGUUUCGAGAUGGUGAGACAAUUGGCUGGACAUGGAUUAACAGUCAUUCUAACAUCAAGAGACGAGAACGUUGGCGUCGAAGCGGCCAAAGUCUUGCAAGAAGGUGGAUUCAAUGUCGAUUUCCACCGCCUCGAUAUCUUGGACUCUUCCUCAAUCCAAGAAUUCUGCAAUUGGGUCAAAGAAAAAUACGGAUCCAUUGAUGUUUUAAUAAACAAUGCAGGUGUAAACUACAAUAUUGGAACAGAGAACUCUGUUGAGUACUCUCACAUGGUUAUAUCUACAAACUACUAUGGGACCAAGAACAUAAUCAGAGCCAUGAUUCCAUUGAUGAGACAUGCUUCUCAAGGUGCUCGUAUCGUCAAUGUCACCUCAAGACUCGGUAGAUUAAAAGGCCGACACAGUAAACUUGAAAACGAAGCCGUGAGGGCAAAACUUAUCGAUGUAGACUCUCUGACAGAGGAAAUCGUCGACAAAACGGUCUCUGAGUUUCUGAAGCAAGUGGAAGAAGGAACGUGGGAGUCAGGAGGUUGGCCACAUUCUUUCACAGACUAUUCUGUAUCGAAAAUGGCGGUGAAUGCAUACACAAGGGUACUAGCAAAAGAGCUAUCUGAGAGACCAGAAGGAGAGAAGAUAUAUGCAAACUGCUUUUGUCCCGGUUGGGUUAAAACCGCUAUGACCGGUUAUGCGGGGAACAUCUCAGCAGAAGAUGGAGCUGACACUGGAGUCUGGCUAGCAUUGCUUCCUGAUCAAGCUAUCACUGGAAAGUUUUUCGCCGAGAGACGUGAGAUCAAUUUCUGAUGAGAAAAAUGGAUGGGACUUGCUUGGUGUUUGUUCUUACUCGGUGUUUCUAAAAGAAAAACUGUUAAAGUUUUUUAGUUUAUAGUUUUGAUUGUUGAAGAGACAAGAGUUGAUAUGAAUAAACAAUUUACCCCCAACAUCUUUAGUU